CUCUCCGGUGUCGGGUCCUCGCGCGUCCACUCAUUCUCAGUCGCUCGCUAACAACUCAAAACAAACCCAAACCGCGCAUCACUGAGCUCAUCAAAGCCGACAUCGCCGAUGCUCAAACUCGCGGAAUCCUGCAACCCCCACCCGCCGGCUCAGGCCCGCUGAAAUCUCUCGUGCACACCUCAAUGGAGCUUCUCAAGUUCUACUUUCGCGGUGGACGGGAGAUUUUUCGACGGCAGAAGAGUCUAGAGACCCCGACGACGCGAAGGGAGUGGCGGAUGCUGAGGACGCAGAAGAGGGACGUGUUGAAGGUGGUGCCUUUCCUGAUCACGGCGGUACUCCUCGAGGAGCUGAUACCGGUGAUGGUGCUGUACGCGCCUGCGAUGCUGCCUUCGACGUGUAUCCUCCCUGGGCAGGUGAGACGAAUCCGAGACAAGAAGGUGGAAAGGGCCCGGGAGGCGCUCCCGACACUCCGGAAGGCGCAUGAGUACCUAGAAGUUCACAAGGAGGGCCCGUUCCCGUUCAGGAAGGACGAUCUUGAUGUGGAUGGAGAUAUGGACUCGUUAGUGGAGCAGGCUAAGAGACGCGCCCGGUUCUGGACAUCCAGCGACCGGCGGCGAGCCGUGUACAGUCUGUAUGGGCUCGUUCGCAUCGGCCUACAGCUUUGGCCCUGGCUUCGCGUCGGCUGGCAUAUGGAUUUCCUCGAGAGUGACGACGUGUGGCUGAAAAAGGAGGGCGUGCAGGCUCUUACUGACGACGAGGUCAGGGAGGCCGUCAUCGAGCGUGGCCUGGGCUUCGUGCAGGAGGCAGAUGCUAGAAAAUUACUGCAAUGGUGGCUCAGUCAAGUCGGCGACAGUGAUAGAAAUGCCAGAGUGAGGGCGUCUGUGGCCUUUGCUGCGCUGUACAAAUAGAUAAUAUACAAUACUGAUGAGCAAUACACGUUUAUGUCCUAUUUCCUGG